UGAAGGAAGCGCCGUGCCUGCCUCCUGUGUGUGUGUGUGUGUGUGUGUGUGUGCGUGGUUGGCUGGAGGAGUUACCACGAAGCUCCUGCAGACAGACAUUUUCUGAUCCACCGUGCUUCCCAUAAUCUGUCAGAUUAAACCAGCCCUCUGGGUGAGACAGACCACUUUUGCGCUCCUGCAUCUCAAGCCUCCUCGGGCGCCUAAACAUCACCAUUUUCUCUGCUUCUUUCAGUCAUUAUUUAUUGAAAUCCUCAACCAACGCCGAUUUUUCUUCCCUCUUCUUCGUCAGCCGGACCCGCCUGCCGCGGAGAAAGGCGAAUUUCUGCGUCUCCGGCUGACAAUUUCACGCAAAUUUGCCGGCUGGCGGAAAGGGUCAACUACCUGUUAGCUUCUCUCCAGACUGCGGGAUUAUGCGGGCUCUGCUGCGCAUCUGACACCCAGGCAAAGGGACUGAGUGUCGCUUCAUUUUCAUUUAGCGUAUUUGAAAUGCUGCAUACCUACUGACCUACUUUGUCCAAGUUGGGGGUAAAACCAACGCAGGAGAGGAAGCGGCGCAGGUUCUUUUCAUAAGAAGAUGGAGAUGAUGUGGAAACAGUGGUGACCCUGUGGGGAAACUUCCAGUAAAACGCAGGAGAGUUAAGGAGGGGAAAGGAAGAACAGACCGCGUGCUGAAGAGCCAGAGGGGUGCGUGAGUGUGCGCGGAGACAGAGAAGGUUAUGACCGCGUCUCCUCACCUGGACCUCGGGCUGCUGCUGCUGCUGCUGCUGCUGGCCUGCUGGCAAACACCGGGGAUGGUCGGAGCAACUGUGCCAGCAGCCCCGGUGAAUGUAUCGGUGACCCAGCUGAGGGCACAUUCGGCCAUGGUGACAUGGAACGUCCCUCAGGGAGACACUGUCAUUGGAUACGCCAUCUCACAGCAGAGGCAGGACGGCCUAAUGCAGCGCUCCAUCCGAGAGGUGAACACGUCCAGCCGCUGGUGUGUGCUGUGGGACCUGGACGAGGACACACACUACAGCGUCCAGGUGCAGUCUGUUGGGCCGCAUGGUGACAGCCAACCCAGCCGCGCCGUCCACUUCAGGACUCUGGAGAGGAGUGACCAUUAUCCAGCCGGAGUCCUGGACCACCAUGAACCAGCGAUGGAAGGUCUGGGCAUGACUCCUCACUUACAGACAGGAGAGCUCCUCAUUAUCACCACUGUGCUGCUGCUGUGGGCAGCUGUCAUCGCCCUCUUCUGCCGACAGUAUGACAUCAUAAAAGACAACGACUCCAACAGCACCAAGGACAAAACCAAGAGGCCGCUGGUCCGCGCCACUUCCUCCUACUACAACACUUCAGCCGGCAGCUCACCCAUCUACCACAACGGAGCCGUACGCAGCAGCAGGCUUCACAGAGCCUCCUCCUCCAUCAGCAUUAUUAGAGUCUAGUGAGUUUGGAUGUUUGGUUUUGGGACUCGGCAGCAGCUUACAGUGCGGGACGAGUGGAGCUGAUGAUGUGCAACAGCAAGUGACAUAUGCCUGAGGAACUUUCAAUGGGAUUAUUGUGACAAAUGGGGAAUUUAUAGACCUAGUUGAGAGUCUAAUUUAUUGUAAAAUAUGGGCAAAAGAAGAAGCACUUCAUGCAAAUCUAAUUGAAACGAAAUUGAGGAGUUACACUGUGGAAGAAGUAGAUGACUACUGCUCCCUAGUGGCAGAAGACUGCAGCAUACAGAUGCACAGCGGCCUCUUGCAGUUUUUUGAGCUUUCAGUGAGCUGAUAUGAAAUCAUGUGAAUGUAGAAGAGUUCUGCGGAACAGAACGCAUUUUGAACUGCGGCCAAAGUCAUUCUCCUGUCUUUUAUUUCAGUUCCUCUUCUCUCUGAUGUCAGAGACUAAUUGUGAACAUUUGCCAGCAUGUCAGCCAACUGUUGUGCCAAGUCCUGUCAUUUCAAAAGGUCUGUGUGUCAAGAGGAUGUUGCUUUUAUGUUGGUUUCCAGGGCGUUUUAUUGAUAUUUGCUACAAAACUAAAUGACAACCUCCUUUAGUGACUACAGAAUCAAAACUUUUGGUUUAACAUUAAGACCUGUGUGUGUGUGUGUGUGUGUGUGUGUGUGUGUGUGUGUGUGUGUGUGUGUGUGUGUGUGUGUGUGUGUGUGUGUGUGUGUGCGCGUGGGUGCAUAAUAAAAUGUAGAGUACUAACUACUGUACGAAAUUAAAAGAGUAUAUUAUAAGGAAUUAGAAUAUGUACAUAGGUCAAUUUAAAAGAAUUAGCAAAUUCAGUGUAAUUCAAACAAAUAUUUGAAUGUAUGAGAUGAUGGUGUUGAAUUUACACUGUAAACUUUCAUCAAUUUGAUUAAAUCAACUCGUAAUUUUACCAUGAAGUUAAUCAAAUUUUUGUUUAUCACUUUCAGAACCAUUUCAGAACUUGAGUUAAAGUCUCAAAUUGAUGACUGAAUGACCAACUGAUUGUUUGCUUAACCCAUCAAAUUAAGUUGUUCAAUUCCCGCUGUAUUUGAGUUCAGAGUCUCCAUAAAUCAAGCCUGUUGAAAUUCUUUCAACAUAACUGAAGGCUUCAUUAGCUCAAACUGUAAAACAGCCUGUUUUAUGUUGAAAUAAUAACAGUUUAACUUAAAUCACUGCAGCUAUCCACGCUGGCAUGGUAUUUUUGGACUGUACAUCACAUAAAAAUACAAGUGUAAUAGCAAUUUAACCAGAUUAUAAAAAUUAAAGCUGCUAUAACAGUAACAUUUAUUCACGUAAAACAAAAAGUGGGGCUACAACACAAGAGAUCCAUCUCUCAUACACACUUUAUAUACCGGCCAUUCCUGUUUCUUGUCCUGUCAAACUCAGUUUGACAAAAUUAGCAGUGUUGCUGGUAGAUGUCACAAUUAACUAAUUUAAAUGUUGUAAUAAACUGGAAAGACAUUAUAUAUUACCAGAAUUCUUGGUGUUUAGGAUCAGGUUAACUGAAACUUCCAUGUUAAAUCUAAGCAAACAAGCAUAUCUGCUGCUUUAGUUCUUUCAGCCAAUGCAGUUACACACACAGGGAUAUCCUAAAACUGCAACAAUCAAUACUUCCUGAGUGAGAUGUCUUUUCCGCCCCCUCACACAAGUUCAACUCACAAACAAGAAGCAAAUGCAGCCCUAUUUUCAUUUUGUACUUACUAGGUACAAAAAGCUUUGCAACAACUCUCCUCUCAUGAGAUUUCAGAGCGAGAAUUGAGCGAGACCCUAAUUUACUGGUUAAAAACAAAGGGUGUCACCGGGAAUCAGAUAGGGAUCAUUUCCAUGAUGUUGUCAGACUCCUGGUAUCACAGUCUGAGUCUGUUGGUGGCAAAAAGACACUUUUUGUGGACAUAAUUUUGACCAGCGCAAUUUCCCUGAAAGAAUCUACAAGUUAUUUCGACACCCAGGGCCCAGGUCUACAAAUACCUACAUUAUUCUUUAAGAGGUAGGAUGUUUCUCAUAUAUAUGAUAUGAUUUAUGGGUCAUGAGGUUAUUAUCACUGACAGCUGUUUCUUGAAUGUACUACAGUUAUACCAUACCACUAUAGUGAAGAAAAAAACGUUGAUAUUUACAAACUACCAGUGCAAAUCUGCUGCAGAAUGGAUUAACUAAGUGUAUUUAAUGUACAAUGUUGACCUUCAAGUUGUUCAACAGUGAGGUUCUGUGAUUUUGAUUCAUUGCUCACCUUUCAGACCUGUGUGUCUCUGGUGUGAAGAAAAAUAUUGUUUUUCUCUUGCUCAAGUUUUUUGUAGUUUAUACAAGUCGGGUACCUAACUCAUGUAUUUAGAAAUGCAAAGUACAUUAAGCUACACUAUAUUUGUUAUCUCUAAUGUCAUAAUCAACCAGUUUGGGUAUAUCUUGGAGGAGUAUGUCUUGCCAUAUAAUCGCACAAAACAUCAGUAUCAAGAUAAUGGGUAAAAGUCAUAAAGAGAUCUUCAUUGUUAUUGUGCCAGUGGUGGGAAAAUAUGAGUUACAAUGUCAGGACUUUUUUCCACUGUCACACAUUUGUUAUUGUUGUGUGUUGCUUCAGUUUGGAUGGUAAUUCGAAACUAAGCAAAGAUAUUAAGUGAUUAUCAUUUCUGACUCGCUGUAUUCUCCAGGUUCAAUAAAAACUCAAAUACUGUUGUAGUAGUAGUAUCACCAGCCACCAUUGCAAUAAGAAACUGCACUGUCUGUCACACUGUCAAUAGGACAGUGCACCUUGUGUGUUAUCAAUAACACCUAUGAUACUGGACAUCAGAGUUUUUAGCAGUGUUGUUUCUGUCAAGGUGUGGUUUGGACAACAGAUGGCGCCUGAACUCCAUCAGAUGCAGGCUGUGUGCUGCAAGGAGAUAAUAUAUAGAAAACAUGGAUUGUGUUCAUUUGAAAGUCAAGAAAAUGUGUCAGCGGAAUUUAAGAGGUUAAAUUGUAGUUGAGAUGUUGCAUAUCUUGAAGGGAAAAUACACUUAUUCCCUCCCUUUAGGGUUUUUGUGCAAUGCAAGCAGGAAGUAGCUAUAGUAUUGCAAUGGUAUCAUUGAGGUAGCUGUGGGCUACAACUUGAACCAAGUUUAUUUUAGACUAUUUGUAUACAUUGUGGAGAAUUGGCACCAUUAAAAGUGCGCCAAAUAAGCUAUUAUCACUUCCAGUUUGCAGUGCACCCAUGUAUGUAGAGACAACUUUCACUGGAUUACUUUGAAACUGAA